AUGGCGGGAAAGCGGACAGAUCCCAUUAGCUCCGGGCUCACUCUGAUCCCGAGCCCUCCGGUGCCUCGAGUCAGGCGCGGGAGGAAGCGGCUCCGGAUGGAGAUGGAGCAGGACGCGCGGCGCGGCGCCUGCCCUUCCCCUGCAGCCCGUCCGACUGGUAAGGUGAGCACGCGGAGGUGGGGAGCCGGGCAGGGCCGGAGGGCCAGGCGAGCCCGGUCGACCACACUCACGCUGCAGCCGCCGCGGCCGCGUCAAGAACUGAAACCGAGAGCGGCCGAGCUCGGGCCUCGGCUGGAGCCUCCCGUCGCGGCGGCUCGGAACCGGUGCCCGGGACGAGCCGCCCUCGGAGCGCAGCGAGCCCUGCCUGGCGCGGAUCUGCACCUCCCUGCAGGUGCCCGUCCACCUGCCGAGAUGACUAGCCUCCCAACCACGCCUUCUCCAGGAGAAGAACUGAUGGCCACCCGAAUCCUACAGGCCACUGAGGCCCUGUCCCCAGAAGCUGAAGCCAGCACAGCACUCAUUGCAGUUGUUAUCACAGUGGUCUUGCUCACCCUGCUCUCAGUCGUGAUCUUGAUCUUCUUUUACCUGUACAAGAACAAAGGCAGCUACGUCACCUACGAACCUGCAGAAGGCGAGCCCGGCGCCGUCCUCCAGAUGGAGAGCAACUCAGCCCAGGGCAGGGAGAAGGAGGAAUAUUUCAUCUAAUGGUUCCCAGACCCCAAGGAGCUUAUCCAGGCUCCAGUGCUAACACACAAUUUAUUAGGUGAAAGUUUUAUCUGAAACCGGUGAGAAGCAUCGACUGAUAUGGGCAGAACUGAGCUCCUUCUGGGACACAGGCACAAGUGCUAACAUCACCGACGCCAGGGACCGGGGACACCAAGAAAGCUGCUCAUGACGUCUCUAGCCAGGCCUUUGUCAUACAGCCGGUGCUUCUGGCUGACCAACGAGGUUGAGCUGUACCAGGCAACACUGGAGUAUGUGCCCAGUCAUCUUCACUUUUUUCACAGGUCGAAGGGAAGGAGGAGAGUUGGGGGUCACUGGAUGCUCCUCUGUCCCAUACCUGGUCACCUAGUGACAGCCCAAGUGGAAAUAGUGUCCCAUAGAAGUUCUUCCCAGAGGCCGGACGCCACAGUGAAAGGCCAGGCCAGGAGGGGCAGGAGACUGUGGAGACCUCUCUCCUGAUGAACGUGCCACAUCCCUUAACCUGAGCCCUUCCUUUCCAUAUUCCCCAGCAAGCCAGACUUAUGCUAUUUAUCUUGGAAUUAAAAUCUCUCAUUGAUACAGAAAUCAGAUUCGCAUGUGCAAGAAAUAACUACCUUUAC